GCCUAAUCCACAAAGUGCAGUUCUUGUUGCAAUGUCUGUUGUACUAUUGUAGCUAGCUAGUCCAUCGUCGGCUUCACUGCUGGACGACCAUCUCCCCCUCGUCCACCAUCCGCACCACUCCUCCCGCCGCGAUACUACUCCACCGCUCCGGCCUCGGGAUCCGCUCAUCACACGCCAUGGCACCGACAGACUCCCCGCCGCGGCCCAUCGUCGUCUCCGGGCCCUCGGGCUCCGGCAAAUCCACGCUGCUGAAGCGCCUCUUCGCCGCCUACCCGGACCGCUUCGGCUUCUCCGUCUCGCACACGACGCGCGGGCCGCGCGACGGCGAGGAGGACGGCGUGGCCUACUACUUCACGACCAAGGAGGAGUUCCAGCGGCUGGUCGCCGAGGACGCGUUCAUCGAGCAUGCCACGUUCGGCAGCAACUCGUACGGCACCAGCGUGCAGGCGGUGAAGACGGUGGCCGAGAAGGGCCGGACGUGCAUCUUGGACAUUGAGAUGGAGGGUGUGAAACAGGUCAAGAAGAACUCCUCGCUCAACGCCCGCUUCCUCUUCCUCCAGCCGCCGUCCAUGGAGGUGCUCGAGCAGCGACUCCGCGGCCGGGCCACGGACAAGGAGGACGCCAUCCUCCAGCGCUUGGCCCAGGCGAAGAACGAACUGGAGUUCGCCAAGACGCCCGGCGUGCACGAUCAGAUCAUCGUCAACGACGACCUGGAGAAGGCGUGGAAGGAGUUCGAGGCGUUCUGCGUGCCGGAGAAGGCGGCGCAGUGAGGAGGAGGAGGAGGGAUGGGCCUCUCGUGUGAGGAAGACGGUCCGAAAGCUGGUGGGUGGGUUUGGAAGAUGUCGGUGUGGCGUCGGAGGAGAUGUCCUUUAGAGAGAAAGGACUAGAGAGGAAUGAUCGAGGCGAAUGGACGCGAGAAAGGCGGCUGUUUCGAUCAGACCUCCAGUCAUCGUCUCGCGCUGUGGUCUUCCCAGGCUGGGUUUGAAAAGGCCGCCGUGGAUGACGAUGAGUCCCGCUUGAACUAGCUUCUGAAAUUUUCAGCAUCGAAAAGCAUGACGAUCGCAGCAUGCCACGAUCGUAGA